AUGGCAGGGCCACGGUUGGUGGCGGAACUCCAAGGAUCCGCAAAGAGGAUGAUCGCCGGGAAACCGGCGGGAUGGGUCUCCUACCAGGGCGGUGUGGAGACAUUGAUGCGGACGCUACGUGAGUGUCUGGGAAAACCACAGAUCGCGGAGAUGACAGAUUUCUUGAAUCAAUACUUUAGACACUCUCGGCGGCGUUCUGGAGAAGCCAUCAACGACUACGUGACGCGCAAGAACGAGCUCUACAUGCGGGCUCAACAGGCCCUGAGAAGACUCCUGCCGCACCAGGAGCCACCGAAGACCGCGCCACCUACGACAACAUGGGGCUACACAACCUCGCGGCGCAGUAGCUGGGCCUCCGAGGCGACCACCACGGCGGAGGGCGAGACCGCGACCGAGGAGCCGACGGCCGAAGAUGAGACGACGCAGACCCAGUGGGACUGGGAUGCCUCUCGGAACUAUGGGAACUGGGGUUCCAGUGGAAACUGGGGUUCUUAUGGACCGAGCUGGCAGGAAUCCUCGGGAUCAGCAUGGUGGGCGGCCUCUCCAUGGAGUUGGGGAAGCUACUACGGCAGCUCAGGACCAUCCCCGCAGGGUGGCUCCCCGAAAGAAGUGGAGCUACUACCGGAUUGGGUCCAGGGGUGGUACUUGCUUCAGGACGCCAACCUGACCACCGGUGAGCGCAACUUGGUGUUCACAGCCUUGAAAGGAGAGUUCAGCGUCCAACGAGUGGCGCAAGAGUUGAGGAACCAGUGGUCAGAACAGGACCUGAAGCGGCGUGACCAGCACUACAAGGCCUCAGGGUUCAUGGGCGAGUUCGAGGACGACGAUAUCGAGGACCCUGAGGAGGCAUGGGUUGCGAGCCGCUCCGAGGGCGACGGGGACCUGAACGAGGAAGGCAUGGCUUUGGUGGCAGAAGCAGAGGAGGAGGAAAUACUACAGUACUUCCUCGUCUUCCGGUGGAGCGACCGCCGGCGGCCGGAUGCGGGCUGCGGAAAGGUGGGCCAUCGAGUGGCCAAUUGCCCCACGGCAGGCAACAAAGCCAACAGUGCAGAGACCGAAGCCGCCCCCUUUGUCUGUUACGCAGAACAAGCCUGGGCAGGGGAGUCAGCCAACUUGGGAACCCAGGGUCCCACCACAGCUGAAGCCGUGCAAGCAGGCCUGGGAGUAAUCGACGGAGGAGCGACCCGUACACUCGGGUCGGUGCGGGCAAUCGAGGCUAUCAUGUUGCAGAAUGCGAAGAAGACCGGAGAUGCCGGCGUGAAGGGAGUGGACAUCCUGAACCGCCCCACAUUUGGCUUCGCAGAUUCCGGAGAGGCCAAAUGCAUCUCUACUGUAGACAUGGGUCUCAAGGCGAAUGGUAAGAGCGGGAAGCUGCAAAUCCAUGCACUGAACAAAGGAACCGGGCCAGUUUUGAUAUCAGUGUCCACAUUGAGAACAUUGGGGGCCGUGAUUGACUUCGAGAACGACCUGAUGGUCCUACGACACCUUGAUCCUCGAAAGGUGAUUGCCCUCCAGAGGUCAAGCACAGGCCACCAGUUGUUGGAUUUGACAGCAGAUCUUUUCGAAGGAGCCGCUGUGACAGCCACCGCGGUUCCAUCACUAGCUUCAUACAUUGAAGCGUCGAGCCAGUGCGAGCGUGUGCAGCUGCAGUUUCCACGUGUGAGCUUGAUGCAUCAGAGUCGAGAUGUCAAUCGGGAUCGCAGCCACGUCAAGGACUCAGUGAUCCCAUCUCCAGUGCUCCAAUACCUUUGUCUUCCGAGGGACGACAUGGAGAGCAUGAGCAAGCCGCAGCUGAGGGCCGCGAUCGAGACCUUCGGCGAGAUCCCAGCGGAAAGCUGGAACGUGGCCGAGUUGAAACACCGGCUUCGCGAGUUGGUGAAUGCUCAGGACGAGGAGUGGGCGCUCCCCAAGGGCACCCGCAAAGCGACGCCGCUCCAGCAACAGAUCACGCAGCUCAACAAGAACAAGGGCCGAAAGGCCCAAUUGGUGGAGUACGUGACCAAGGUGCUGGGCCUCGAGGUGAGCGCGAACGAGACAAUGACGCAGAUCGAAGGCAAGGCGCUCGACUACUUGUACGAAACGGUGGAAAGUACGGCCAAGGAUGUGGUCGGGUUCGGCCGUCAUGCGAGCCUGACGUACGGAGAGCUCUACGAGGGCUUCCCACAGUACACAGCUUGGGUGAUCCAGACGUUCAAGGAGACCGACGAUACGAAUCCCAAGCUGAAGCGACUGGCGAGGUGGUUGACUCGUGCCACCGAUGUGACGGCUCCGGUGGCUCCAGCGGCGAAGCCCAAGCUCACCUUGAAGGUGAAGGGUGGCUAUGUGACCGAGCCGGAGCCCGAGAUCCCGCAGUUCGCGAAGGCCACGUCGAGUUCGGGAACACCAUAUGUACCAGAACACAUGGCUCUACUCCAGACAAUGGCCGAGUCUAUGGAGCAGAUGAAGAACGAGUUGAAGAUCCUACAGGACCAGAGCCAGGGAUCCGAGGAACGACCUCGGAAGAAGGCCCGACACUUAGAAAACCAGUGUUCUGCGAUUGUACCGCAGAUAGUCCAGCAGUUGGUGGCCUCAGAUGGAAACGGCGCAGGCUCUACGCAACAGGACCCCAAACCACUGAACUCCUCGGAACCCGAAGCGUGUAUGUACUCCCAAGACCAAAAGCAGCAAGCCGAAGCUAUCGCGCAAAAGUUGGAAGCACAACGCAAGUACACCUUGGAGGAUGCUCAACCGUUGUUGCAGCACAUGUCACAGAUGUCAGCGAGCAAGGUUCGUAACAUGGCUUUGCAAAACGGGCACCAGAGUGCGAGCUACCAUCUCUUUGGGCUUUAUUCCCACGGAGGUCAGUAUGGGAUCACGAAUCGUACUCACGACAUGCCGGGAGUGACACGAUACAUGAACAAGUGGCUGAAGGCCAACCUCCCAGCACGUAGUGUGUGGUCUUCUUUCGUGAUUAGUGCGAACAACAAACUUCCCAUACACAGAGAUGUGAACAAUAAUCCUCAGUACCCGAACCAUCUUCUAGGCGUAGGCGACUACACAGGAGGAGAGCUCUGGAUAGAGACUCCUCCCGGAUACGAGGGUCAAGACGCCCUGGCCCAGGUAUCCGUCGACGGACGACGGCUGUGGGGGCGGAAGCUACCUACAAAGGGCCAGUGCGUCACCUUCGCCCCGCAGGCGUGGCACGGAACGUGCCCGUGGAAGGGAAGUAGGCUCACGGUUUCGGCGUUCGUGGGUCGUGGCUCUAAGAUGGUUUGUGAGGAAGUUCAGGGAGAGUUACGGAAAUUAGGUUUUCAGAGUCCCGAGGUUCCCAGACCCCCUUUGGAAGAAGGGUUCGUGAUUCAGAGGGAAGGGUUGUGGAAGCGCAGGUUUUCAGUGGAUAGGAAGAAAGAUGAUGAGCGCAUUCGCAAACAACUGUACCUUUUACACUCGGCCACGGGACAUGGUAGCCUCAGACACAUGAUCGAUGCCCUGAGACGGCGCGGGGCACCAGCACGAGUCCUGGAAUUGGCUAAGGAAUUUCAGUGUGCAGUGUGUAACGAGAAGCGGAAGGUAGGACAUCGUCAUCUUGCUUCCCUGGAACCUUUGCCCCCGCGAUGGAGCACGAUUUCGGCCGAUGUAGGUCACUGGACCCAUCCCACCAGUCAUGAGAAGGUGCAGUUCAUGUUGGUAGUUGACGAGUGUUCUCGGUUUAGAGCUGCCAGGAUACUGACACGCGGUUCCAAACAACAACCCAACGCCGCCUCAUGCCUGGGAUAUCUUCAGGAGGGAUGGUUGCAGUAUUUCGGGAAGCCUAAGGUGUUGAGAUUGGACCCCGCGGGUUCAUUCAGAAGCCAAGCUGUGGAGAGUUUCUGCGACCGCCAUGAGAUCUUCUUAGACAUCAUACCAGGGGAGGCGCACUGGAAACUUGGAGUUUGCGAGCAGGCUGUUCAGGGUUUGAAAGAAGUGAUGACGAAACUGAGUCUCGAGAAUCCCAACAUUGACCCCGAGGAAGCUCUGGCCAUCUCAGUCAUGACGUUCAAUCAUAGGGAUAAUGUGCGAGGGUUCUCACCGGUCCAACACACGUUGGGUCACAAUCCUGACCAAGUAGGCCCUGUUUUGGAAGUCAUGAAUCAAGCACCUGUGUCUAUGUUGUGGGAAGAUCCGCAAGGCAGUGUUGAGCGAUCCGCGAACCUGAGGGCAGCAGCCGAAGCAGCUCAUUCCUCAUGGGUUGCCCAACAGCGCAUUGUGAGGGCUCGAAACUCACGAGGUCAGCAGAUUCUAGAUUUCCAGCCCGGUGAGCUAGUGUUCUUAUGGCGAGCCCAGACAGGGCAACAGGGACGUCGCCAACCAGGCGACAAACACGGUCGCUUUAUAGGACCAGCGCGGAUCCUAGCGACUGAGAAAAAGGAAGAUGACACAGGACACCUGAAAGCUGGAAGUGCGGUGUGGCUCGUGCGAGGCAGGAGCUUGAUCAAGUGUUGCCCAGAGCAGCUCAGGAGAGCAUCGGAGCGUGAAGAGUUGGUAGAAGCGUUGUCCAAGCCUGAGGAUAAGACACCCUGGACCUUCCACAGGGUAGCUUCUGAGAUUGGAGGAAAUCAGUUUCAAGAUUUGUCGAGUCAUGUACCCUCGGCACGAGAAUGGCUGAGGGCCCAAGAUCCGGAGGAAGAGGAGCAACCUUCACGACGACGACUUCGAGGGAAAAGGGCGCUACCAGAUUCGGUGCCCAUGGAGGCACCAGAAGACGAAAGGGAUGAGCCUACGCCCUCAGCAGGGUCAUCCCGACCUCGCAUCUCUGAGAGUGGGUUCCAGCUCGCAGAGGCGUGGUGGACCUCAGUCAGAGAGGACCAAUGGGAUGAGCAACCCGCUGCCUACUGGAACGACCAGGAGGCAGCCGUAGAGGUUGAAGUGGAGCUGCCAGGGAACCAGCACGGGCUCCAAAAGACUCUGCGUCACCUGCCAUCCUACUUUGUGGGAGCGCUGAAGCGGAAGGCCAUCGAAGUGAGCGAACGGCGAUUGUCAGAAGAGGACAAACAGAAGUUUAGAGACGCCAAAGCUGUAGAAGUACGUAACUUCAUUGCAUCCAAGGCGUUCGAAGCGCUGCCCGAGGAGUUGCGCCCCAACCGCGAGCAAGCUGUUCAUAUGAGGUGGAUCUUGACUUGGAAGAAUACUGAAGAAGGUGGCCGCAAGGCCAAAGCAAGAGCAGUAUUAUUAGGAUAUCAAGACCCGAAGUAUGAACACAGAGCAACCACGGCCCCGGUUAUGACGAGGCAGACAAGACAGAUGCAGUUACAAAUCGCGGCAGUGAGAGGCUGGCAGGUGCAAAAGGGCGACGUUUCAGGAGCAUUCUUGCAAGGACGUGAGUACCCAGAUGUUCUACAUUGCGUGCCAUGCGAUGAAAUAUGUGAAGCCAUGGGAUUGCCUACCGGAACUGUGACCCGGCUACGUCGCGCAUGUUACGGGCUUGUUGACGCUCCUUUGGAGUGGUACAAGACUGUGUCAACAUACUUGCAGGAACUGGGACUGGAGCGCACGCAUUCCGAUGCAUGUGCCUGGGUGUGGCGUCCCGAUGGGGUGUUACGAGGCAUGAUUUCGGGACACGUGGACGAUUUUCUUUUCAGUGGUUGUGCAGACGAUGCAGAAUGGCAAGCCUUGCUGGAAAAGAUUCGACAGCGUUUUAAGUGGGGUGACUGGGACACGGACAAGUUCAUUCAAUGUGGGGUUCAUGUAGAAAGAACUGAACAGGGCUUCCUGCUAAGCCAACCCAACUACCUCGACGGUGUCAAGGAAAUCCCGGUCUCUUCUUCAAGGCGAAAGGACAAGGAAGCAAGCACUACUGAAAAGGAGCGCAGCCAGCUCCGAGCCCUGCUUGGAGGACUCUCGUGGCACGCGCAACAAGUGGCUCCCCACUUGUCAGCGGAAGUGAGUCUUCUGCUGUCCGAGAUUCCGGAAAGUACAGUGAACACAAUUGUUAAAGCAAACCUGCUGGCUUACCAAGCUAAGGCCCGCAAGGAACAUCAGAUGAUCAUCCAUCGUUUUUCCAGUGAGGAACCGCUGGCCUUGUUCGGCUGGGUCGACGCAGCCAACCAGAAUCGACAGGACGGGGGUUCUACACAAGGGAUUUUCAUUGGCUUGGGUCCCGCAAACAUGCUGGAUGGAGAAUUAGGACAGGUGACACCAAUUGCCUGGCAUUCUAAUCGUAUUGAUCGUGCAUGCCGCUCUCCGGGAGCGGCAGAAGCACAAGCCGCUAUAAAUGGCGAAGAUGCUUUGUACUUCGCUAGAUUUCAGUGGAGCGAGUUGAACUACGGUUGCGUGAACAUCAGGCAUCCUGACGUUACUGUGGCUAAGGUGACUGGCUGCCUGGUGACAGAUUCACGUAAUGUGUACGACAAGCUUGAAACUGAGGUCCUGGUGAUUAAGGGAGCAGAGAAGCGCACGAAUAUCGAGCUUUUAUCCCUCAAGGAGGCGCAACAGAACCACGGGGUGAUCCUACGCUGGGUGCACUCGGAGGCACAGUUAGCGAAUGCAUUGACAAAGCACAACAGCAAGGAGAUGGAGUUGUACUACCGCAUGCAACACUCUUGGAGGAUCGUCGAAGAUCCAGAGAGAAAGUCCGCACGCAAGCGGAAGCUCGAAGGCUUAGAACCUUUGAGUACAGGAAUGGAAAAUACUAAGGGUUCUUUCGGGGAAGGAGGAGCCGGGGGCAUGCAGGUGAAAUCACCUGUCUGCUCUGUCGCAAGGCCUGUGACGCCGCAGCAUGGAAAGCCGAGACGCUGA